AUCAUCUGAACUUACGUCAAACAUAUCAAAUUCUCAUUGUGAAAAACAAUUCUAUAUGAAGUUAAAAUUUUCCUAUAAAAAGGGCCACGUAUAUACUCUUCGAACAUCAGUUACUUUUUUAUUGAACCUGAACGUGGAAUAUUUCCCUCGACUAAAAAAAUGAAGCUGUUUUUAUAUGUGGCAUUAUCAUUCCUUGCAAUGAUUAUCCAGGUUAAAUCAGACAAUUAUAAAAAUCUGUUGGCGUAUUAUUCACUGAUAGAUAAAUUUGACGAGAAAGCCAAAGCAAUUGAUACUUCGAUUAACUGGAAAGAUAAAUUACAAGAAGUUCUUUCAAUCCCAACUGAAGAAAUUAUGAACAAUUUUAAGAAAACCAAUCCUCAGUGGGUGGAACAAUUGGCCAGUGCAUUCAUAAGUAUUCCACCUGGUCAAAGCAGUACAUCAACUAAAUCAGUGAAUAAACAAAUUAAGUCACUUAAUGAAAAUCAUAAAAAACUUUGCAACACUGUGUAUUCGAUGGUAAUGAGUACAAUGGAACCAUCAUUUAAACAAAUCUCUGGCUUCGAAAGUGCAUAUACAAAAGUAACAACAAAAAAUUUCGAUAAUUUUUUUUUGGAUAAAGUAAAAGCAAAAUUACCAACUUUUAAAACAACACAUGAUCAGUUAUUGGCAAAAAUAAACACCAAUAUAAAUGGAGUUUUUGUUCGAUUGAGAGACGACUACGUAAACAAAUUGAAUUCAUUAAAUGAACAUACAAGCUCACUUCCUAAUGUACUGACCGAAAUAAAAGCAGCACAAGACAAAUUUUCAGUUGCGGUCAGCAAAUUAUCGCAAGAUUUAAAGGCAUUUGCCGAUGGAGCUAUUAAGUGUGCAGAAUUUUUACUAGAUGCGAAAAAUCUAAAGUUCAAAUCAAAUAAUAAUCUCUCAGGCAAUGAACUAAAGCAAUUAGAAAAAAAAUAUGAGGAAUUGUUUGGAGAAUUUCAGUCUCUGUUAAAGAAAGACUAAGUUAAAGUGAUUGGAUAUCACUGUUUUUCCCUCUCUAUAAUUACACACAUUUUAUUAUGUAAAAUCAGAUGUACUUGAAUUUGAUCGUAAUAAAAAAAAAAUUGAGGAAAAUAA